AUAUAGAAACCCUUAUCUACAGUGGUUCAAGUCAGAGGCUUUAAAACCCUCAAGGCUGUUAUCUCACCACUCUUUACAACUAGACAAACAUGAAGCCUGUUCUGGUAUUCCUGUUAAUAUGUUCAGGCGUUGCAGGCGAACUGAAACUGGCGUCUUACUAUGGGGACCACAUGGUGCUACAACGAGGGCCACAGAGGGCGGUAAUGUGGGGCAAAGCUAAGGUAAUAGGAGACGAGGUGACAGUUGAGGUCAGCGGUGCUGCAGCAGUGAAGACAAAAGUUGUCAAUGACCCAUCUGGAACAGAGGGACUCUGGAAGGUUAAGCUUCCGGCCGUCACAGACCCAGGUCCACACACGGUGAAAGUCACAUCAAGCGAAGGGGAGAUCACUCUCAGUGAUGUUUUGUUUGGGGAUGUGUGGGUGUGCUCUGGACAAAGCAAUAUGGGAUUUGCACUUAGUCGAGUCAUUAACGCAUCAGCUGAAAUUACCGAAGCCUUGAAGUUCAAGAACAUCAGGAUAUUUAAAGUUGGCCAAGUCGAAUCACCCUCACCACUCGAAGACCUUGAAAAUGUGUCAACACCGUGGACAGCACCCACAGAAGAUACUGUGUCGAGUUUUUCUGCAGUUUGCUGGUUGUUCGGCGAGUACCUCUACCCACACAGGAACUACCCAAUAGGCCUAGUCGAGGCAGCAUGGGGAGGAACUCCUAUUGAAACAUGGUCCUCGCCUGAUGCACUGGCAAAAUGUCCCGAACAUCAAGUGAGCGGACCAAAGACUAAAAGUGCGGCGUGGAAUGCCAUGAUCAAUCCACUGUUGGACUUGACAAUAUUUGGAGCAAUCUGGUGGCAAGGUGAGGGCGGCGUACCAAAGAGAUAUCAAUGCCAGUUCCCGGCUAUGAUUCAAGACUGGAGACAGAAGUUUGGAGCUGCUUCAGAAGGUGAAACGGACGCUGCGUUCCCUUUUGGAUUUGCCCAGCUGGCUGCUAAUAAAAAGACGGACGAAGCUGGAUUCUUUCCCGAACAACGCUGGGCCCAGACAGCCGGAUUUGGGUUUGUUCCCAAUAAAAAGAUGCCACAAACAUUCAUGGCUGUAGCUAUGGACCUCCCAGACUACAAUUCCCCCUAUGGACCAAUUCACCCUCGAUACAAGCAGGAUGUCGCUCACCGCUUAGUUUUAGGGGCACGUGCAGUUGGUUACAAAGAGCCAGGGGUGAAGUUUCACGGUCCCUUCCCCAAGACGUUCAGUCUUGACAACGAUCAACAGACGCUGAAGAUCACCUACGGUCCAAACAACCCUCUCGAUGUUCUUAACAACCAUGGUUUUGAGGUGUGCUGUUCCAGUCAGAGCACAACGAAAUGCGCAGACUCAGAUGAGUGGGUGGCUGCACCAAUCACAGACCAGGACACAAACUCUGUAUCGGUAUCAGUAGCUGGCUGUGAGAGCAAGUCGCCAGUUGGUCUCCGAUAUGAAUGGCGCAUGAGUCCCUGUGAUCUCAAGGACUGUGCCAUAUAUGGAAAAGACACAGGCUUGCCGGCGCCGCCAUAUAUCAAAGAAAAUGGUUUUAACUAGUCUGGGAUGAGUGUACUAUGUAUGUUAGUACACUCUGACGACUAUGAGUACCAAAGCUGCAGACUAUUUCUGAUUGUUGGAAUUUCAUAAACGAGAUGUUCAGUAAUCUAUCAUAUAUUAGAUAAGUUUUCGAUUAAAGACUGAAGUGACCA